AUGAAAGUUUAUUAAAAAUUAUAAAAAAAGUUUUAUUUUUUUAUUUAACAUUAAUAUCUAAAUUAUAGCAUUUAAAUAAAAAUUAAUUUUUUGAAGAUAAAAACAUGGUUUAAAUAUAAAACAUAAUAUUCAGAAACAAAAAAUACGUUUUUAGAUAAUUUUGUUACUUAAAAUAGUAAUAAUAAUAAUAUAAAUUUAUUUGUUUUUUUUCUAAAUAAAAUAGUUUAUUAUAUUUAUUAUAUUAAAAAACAUAAAAUUGAAGAAUAUAAAAAAAAAAAUUAUAAAAUUUAAAUGAUAAAUAUUUCUAAUAUUAAUAUGUAUUUAAAAAAAUAAAUAUAAUAUAAUGUAAAUUACAAAACAAAAUGUAAAAAAAAAAUACAUAACAAUGACAAUAAAAAUAUUAUUUUUAAAAAUAGAUGUACUGAAACAGAAUAUGAUGAUGGAAAUAGUAAUUGUGUAGGGUGUACUUCACCAUGUUAUUCAUGUAGUGCUUCUGGUACAUCUAGUUGCACAGCAUGCCUUAAUGACAAAUAUUUGAAUGUAAAUUAAUGUUUAGAUAGUUGUCCUUCUUAAAAAUAUUCUGAUACAAACAAAAAUUGUUAAUAAUGUGAUACAUCUUGUGUGAAUUGUGAUGGCUCAGGUAGUAGUAAUUGCACAUCAUGCUUAGCAAGUAAAUACUUAAAUAGAAGUAAACAAUGUGUAGAUAAUUGCCCAGAUGGAGAUUACGCAGAUGCGAAUAGACGUUGUUAAUAGUGUGAUACAUCUUGUGUGAAUUGUGAUGGCUCAGGUAGUAGUAAUUGCACAUCAUGCUUAGCAAGUAAAUACUUAAAUAGAAGUAAACAAUGUGUAGAUAAUUGUCCAGAUGGAGAUUACGCAGAUGCGAAUAAACAUUGUUAAUAGUGUGAUACAUCUUGUGUGAAUUGUGAUGGCUCAGGAAGUAGUAAUUGCACAUCAUGCUUAGCAAGUAAAUACUUAAAUAGAAGUAAACAAUGUGUAGAUAAUUGUUCAGAUGGAGAUUACGCAGAUGCGAAUAAACAUUGUUAAUAGUGUGAUACAUCUUGUGUGAAUUGUGAUGGCUCAGGAAGUAGUAAUUGCACAUCAUGCUUAGCAAGUAAAUACUUAAAUAGAAGUAAACAAUGUGUAGAUAAUUGUUCAGAUGGAGAUUACGCAGAUGCGAAUAAACAUUGUUAAUAGUGUGAUACAUCUUGUGUGAAUUGUGAUGGCUCAGGUAGUAGUAAUUGUAUUUCAUGUAGUAAUUUAAAAUACUUAUAUUCUAAAUAAUGUUUAGCUAAUUGUCCUUCAUAAUACUAUCCUGAUAUAAAUCGAAUAUGUUAAUCAUGUAAUCAAGCAUGUGCAAAUUGUGAAGGACCAAGUAAUAGUGAUUGUACAUCAUGUGUAGCUGUUAAAUAUUUGAACAGAUAUUGUUUAUAAUGCGAUUCUAAUUGCUUUAAAUGUUCUGGUUCAUCAACUACAUGUAUUUAAUGUUCAGGAUCUUUAUUUUUGACAAAUUUUUAAUGUUUAAACAUUUGUAGUGAUGGAACUUAUAAAAAUAUAUUAAAUAAUAGUUGUUCUAAUUGUUAUUCUUUAUGUAAAAAAUGUGAUGGAUCUUUAACUACUAAUUGUACUGAGUGUUACAGUUAAUAUUUUAAAACUGCUUCUAAUACCUGUUAAGCAUGUAAUAAUACUUGUUUAACGUGUGAUGGCGUAGGAAGUUCUGAUUGUCUAUCAUGUUCCGGUUCAUUAUUUUUAAAUAAUAGUAAAUAAUGUGUAAGUAGAUGCAUUGAUGGAUAAUAUAAUAAUUUAACAAAUAAUUAAUGUGAGGGUUGUCAUAGUUCCUGUAAAACUUGUAAUGGAGGUUUAAUUUCAAAUUGUUUAAGGUAUUUUUAUUAAUAUCAAUUUAAUUUUUUUGCUUUUCUUUUUUUUAGUUGCAACGACUAAUUUUUUAAAGACACAGAUAAUAUAUGUAAACCUUGUGAUACUACAUGUUUUUAAUGUACAGGAAAUUCAGCUAAUUAAUGUACUGAAUGUAUAGGAUAACUAGCUUUAACCUAAACUAAAUAAUGUUUGAAUAUUUGUCCAGACGGAACAUUUAAAAUUAUAAAUGCAUGUAGUCCUUGUAAUAGUUCAUGUAAGACUUGUAAUGGAUCUUCUUAUAAUAAUUGCACAUCGUAUUUAUAGUUUAUAAUUAUUAAUAUUUAUUUAUAUUAUUUUCAUUAAAGUUGCAAUAUUAGAUUAUAUUUAAAUUCUAAUUAAUGCAUAGAUUGUCAUAGCAAAUGCUUAACUUGUGAAAAUGCAAACGCAACAGGUUGCCUAUCAUGUUCUGGUUCUUUAUUUUUGACAACUACAAAAGAAUGUUUAAGUACUUGUCCUGAUGGAACCUAUAAAAAUGCAACUAAUAAUUAAUGCACUACAUGUCAUACAUCAUGUAAAACUUGUACAGGAGGCUCUAAUUCUUAAUGCACUCUUUGCAGUGAUUCAUUUUUUAAAGAUACAGAUAGUUUCUGUAAAUCAUGUGAUACUACAUGCUAUUAAUGCACAGGAAGUUCAGCUACAUAAUGUUCCUAAUGUACAGGAUUAUUAGCUUUAACUGCAUCUGGUUAAUGUUUAAGUACUUGUCCUGAUGGAAAAUAUAAGAGCAAUAAUUCAUGCGUUUCUUGCGACAUUUCAUGUAAAAAGUGUAAUGGACCUUUGUCUACUAAUUGUAUCGAUUGCAAUAAUAAUUUCUAUUUAAAUAAUAAUUAAUGUAAUGCAUGUAAUAAUACAUGUUUAACUUGUGAUGAUAAUACAGCUUCUGGAUGUCUCUCAUGUUCAGGAUCUUUAUUUUUGAAUGCUUAAAAAUAAUGCGUUAGUACAUGUCCUGAUGGUAAAUAUAAAAACACUAUAAAUAAUUAAUGUUCAUCAUGUGAUAAUUCUUGUAAAACAUAUAAUUUAUGUAAACCAUGUGAAACUACAUGUUUUUAAUGUUCAGGAAGUUUGCCUACAUAAUGCACUGAAUGUAGUGGCUAAUUAGCUUUAAACUCAUUUAAUUAAUGUGUAAGUAAUUGUUUUGAUGGAAAAUAUAAAAGCAAUAACUUAUGUGUUUCAUGUAAUGCUUAAUGUAAAAAUUGUAGUGGACCUUUAUCUACUAAUUGUACUGAGUAACUAUAAAUUAUUAUUUAAAAUAUAUUUAUUUAUUUUUUUAGAUGUUUUAAUACAUUUUUUAAAAACACAAAUGAUGAAUGCUAAUCAUGUCAUUCUACGUGUUUAACUUGUGAAAAUGCAAACGCAACAGGUUGCCUAUCAUGUUCUGGUUCUUUAUUUUUGACAACUUCAAAAGAAUGUUUAAGUACUUGUCCUGAUGAAACCUAUAAAAAUGCAACUAAUAAUUAAUGCACUACAUGUCAUACAUCAUGUAAAACUUGUACAGGAGGCUCUAAUUCUUAAUGCACUCUUUGCAGUGAUUCAUUUUUUAAAGAUACAGAUAGUUUCUGUAAAUCAUGUGAUACUACAUGCUAUUAAUGCACAGGAAGUUCAGCUACAUAAUGUUCCUAAUGUACAGGAUUAUUAGCUUUAACUGCAUCUGGUUAAUGUUUAAGUACUUGUCCUGAUGGAAAAUAUAAGAGCAAUAAUUCAUGCGUUUCUUGCGACAUUUCAUGUAAAAAGUGUAAUGGACCUUUGUCUACUAAUUGUAUCGAUUGCAAUAAUAAUUUCUAUUUAAAUAAUAAUUAAUGUAAUGAAUGUAAUAAUACAUGUUUAACUUGUGAUGAUAAUACAGCUUCUGGAUGUCUCUCAUGUUCAGGAUCUUUAUUUUUGAAUGCUUAAAAAUAAUGCGUUAGUACAUGUCCUGAUGGUAAAUAUAAAAACACUAUAAAUAAUUAAUGUUCAUUAUGUGAUAAUUCUUGUAAAACAUGUAAUGGUUCAUCAAAUAAUUAAUGUUUAAGUUGUAUAGAUACAUUUUUUCUUGAUACAGACAAAAUGUGUAAAACCUGUGAUAUGACAUGUUUAUUAUGUACAGGAAAUUAAUCUAAUCAAUGUAUAAAAUGCACAGGUAAUUUAUUUUUAGAAAAUAAUUAAUGUUUAGCCAAUUGCUCAUCUGGAGGUUAUUUUAAAGAUACAGAUGAUUAAUGUUAUAAAUGCCAUUUUACAUGUACUAGUUGCAGUGGAUCAGCCUUUAAUUAAUGCACAUAAUGUUCAGGUAUUCUAUAUUUAAAUUCUGGUUAAUGUAUAUCUAUAUGUCCCGUUGGAAAAUUUAAAAAUAAUUUAAAUAAUCAAUGCUCUAAUUGUGCUAAUACUUGUAAAUAUUGUAAUAAUUCUACUAAUACAUAAUGCAUAUCGUAUUUAUAUUAAAAAUAAUUAAUAAAUAAUAAUUUUUUAUAUAGUUGCUAUGAUGGAAAUUUUUUAGAUUCAGGUUCUUGCUAAUCUUGUGAUAAUUCAUGUUUUAAUUGUUCAGGAAAUUUAAAUACUUAGUGCACUUAGUGUACAGGAUCACUAUAUUUGACGAUUAAUAAUGAAUGUCUAAGUGCAGCUCAAGCUGACGGAAAAUGUAAAGCUUGUGAUAGUACUUGCUUUAAUUGUACAGCGAACCUAAAUAACUAAUGCACUUAAUGUACUGGAACAUUAUAUUUCAAUAAUAAUUAAUGUAUAAGUAUAUGUCCAAAUGGUUAUUUUUAAAAAAAUAGUAAUAAUACUUGUACUGCAUGUCAUACUUCAUGCAAAAAUUGUACUGAUUCUAAUGCAACUUCAUGUACAGAAUGUUAUACUUCCUUUUAUUUAGAUAUUGAUAAUUCAUGUAAAACCUGUCACCCAACGUGUUUUAAUUGUAAUGGAAAUUUAGCUACUAAUUGUAUAUAAUGUUCUAAUACUACAUUUUUGAAUAUCAACUAAUGUUAAAAUUUCUGUCCAGACGGUAAAUACUAAAAUUUAUCAUUAAGAGAAUGCUCUAGUUGUAGUAUAUUAUGUAAAACAUGCACAGGACCUUCUUCUAAUGAAUGUUAAUCUACUACUUGUAAAAAUUGUAAUGGAAGUACUACUACUUCAUGCACUGAAUGCGAUAAUAAUUAUUUCCUUGAUAUUGAUAAUUCAUGUAAACCAUGUUAUUUUACAUGUUUAUAAUGUACAGGAAAUACAGCUACUUAAUGUACUAUGUGUACUUCAGGAUUAUAUUUGACAAAUAAUUAAUGUUUAGCUUAAUGCCCAAACGGUACAUAUUAAAAUUCAACAAAUAAUACAUGUAGUCCUUGUAAUAGUUUAUGCAAAAAUUGCUCAGGACCUUUAGUUUCUGAUUGUACUGAUUGUUUAGAUAGAUUUUAUUUAUAAAGUAAUUAAUGUUAUUAAUGCCAUUCAACAUGUUUUAAUUGUACAUCAAGCUUAGAAAAUUAAUGUACUUAAUGCACUGGUUCUCUAUAUUUAACAAAUAAUAAAUGUCUUAGUAUAUGUCCUGAAGGAUAAUAUGAAAAUAAUAUAAAUAACCAUUGUAAUGCAUGCCAUUCAAAUUGUAAAAAUUGUAUAGGACCAAAUAUUAAUUAAUGCACUGAGUAUUAAAAAAUAUAAAUAUAACAAAAUUUAUUUAAAUAUAAAUAAAAAAAAAAAAAUUAAAUUUUUAUAAAUAAAUAAAUAAAUAUAUUUAACAAAUUUAUAAAAAGAUGUUUUAAUUAAAAAUAUUUAUAUUCUGAUGGUACGUGUUUAUCAUGUAAUUCUGCUUGUUUUAAUUGCACAGGAAAUUCGAAUAAUUAAUGUACAUAGUGUACUGGAAAUUUAUAUUUAACUAAUAAUUAAUGUUUAAAUACAUGUCCAAAUAAUACAUUUAAAAAUUCGACUAAUAAUGAAUGCACAGCCUGCCAUUUAUCUUGCAAAAAUUGUAUUAAUUAAUAAGAUAGUUAAUGCACAGAAUGUAAAGCAUGUGAUACUACAUGUUAUAAUUGCACAGGAAGUUAAAAUUAUUAAUGUACAUAAUGUGUAGGAUCUCUUUUUUUAUCAAACAACUAGUGCAUAAAUUCAUGUCCUACCGGCACUUAUUAAAAUUUAAUAAAUUAAUAAUGUACCCCAUGCGAUUCUACUUGUAAAAAUUGCAACGGACCAAAUUAAAAUAAUUGCACAUAAUGUAAUAUUAAUUAUUAUUUAACAUCGAAUUAAUGUUUAGCUUGCCAUAGUACAUGCUUAACAUGUUCAAAUGCAAAUAAUAAUAGUUGCCUUUCAUGCGGAGGUACACUAUUUUUAUCAAAUGGUUAAUGUUUAACUGAUUGUCCAGUUGGUUAAAAUGAAAAUACAAUAAAUAAAGUAUGUACAAAUUGUCAUACUACAUGUAAGAAUUGUUCAGGAAUAAAUAUAUCUGAUUGUACUGAAUGUUUUGAUGGAUAUUUUAAAGAUAUAGACGGAAAAUGUAAACCAUGCGAUUCAACAUGUUUUAAUUGUAGCGGAAGUUUAUCUAAUUAAUGUAUUUAGUGUACCGGAAUUCUUUUUUUAUCAAAUAACUAUUGUUUAAGUUCAUGUCCAACUGGGCCAGAUAAUUAUUGUUAUGCAUGUGACUCUACAUGUUUAAAUUGCACAGGAGCAGCUAAUAAUUAAUGUACAGCAUGUGCUGGUUAAUUAUUUUUAGACAAUAAUUAAUGCAAAAAUAUUUGCCCAUAAGGAAAAUUUAAAAAUAUGUUAAAUAAUUAAUGUGUAUAAUGUCAUACUACAUGUAAAAACUGCACUAAUUCAGCAAUAAAUUAAUGCACUGAAUGUGAAUUAGGAUUUUAUUUAAAUUCAAAUAAUGAAUGUAAACCAUGUGAUUCUACAUGUUAUAAAUGUUUUGGAAAUUUGAAUAAUUAAUGUAAUGAAUGUACAGGAAGCCGUUUUUUGGUAAAUACUAGUGAAUGCUUAAAUACUUGUCCAACAAGAUUUUACAAAAACGUCGCUAAUAAUUAAUGUACUGCUUGUCAUAUUUCAUGUAAUGAUUGCACAGGUCCUAAUUAUACUCAAUGUUCUCGAUGCUUUGAUAAUUUUUAUAAAGACUCUAGUAAUAGAUGUCAACCUUGUAAUAAUACAUGUUUUAAUUGUUCUGCAAAUGCAGAUACUAAUUGUACAUAAUGUACAGGAACCUUUUUUUUGACUAAUAAUAGAUGUUUAAGUACAUGUCCGAGUGGCACAUAUAAAAAUACAGUUAUUAAUUUAUGUACUACAUGUCAUAUUUCAUGUAAAAUUGUACAGGAUCAUUAACUACUUAAUGCAAUCAAUUAAGCAUCUACAUCUUGCACAAGUUGUUUCGAUUCUUUUUUUUUAAACGCUAAUAACGAAUGUUAAGCCUGUCAUUCUUCAUGUUUUAACUGUUAUGGAUAAUAUGAUAAUAUGUGUACUUAAUGUUCAGGUACAUUAUUUUUAUUAAAUGGAAAAUGCUAAAGUACAUGUCCAGACGGCUAAUAUAGAAAUAUGACAAAUAACUAAUGUACAAAUUGUCAUACAUCAUGUAAAUUAUGUAAUGGAUCUACAAUAAAUUCGUGCACAUAAUGUUAUGAUAGAUACUAUUUAAAUGUAAAUAAUUAAUGUAUUCCUUGUUAUAGUGAUUGUUUUAAUUGCAAUGGAAUUCUUUCUAACAAUUGUAUUCAAUGUACUGGUUCUUUAUUUUUGAUUAAUAAUAUGUGCUAGAGUACAUGUCCAGAUAGCUUUUAUAAAAAUGCGAGUAAUAAUUAAUGUACUGUAUGUGAUUCUUCAUGUAAAAAUUGUACAGGAAACGAAAUUGAUAAGUGUACUUAGUGCUUUGAUAAUCGCUUUCUAGAUUCAGAUAAUAAAUGUAAAGCAUGUCAUACUAAUUGUUUUAAUUGUUUUUAUUUAUUCGAUAAUUAAUGUACAUAAUGUACAGGAACUAGAUUCUUAACAAAUGGUUAAUGCUUAUUAACAUGUCCCUUAUCUACAUAUAAAAACAUUUCCAAUAAUUAAUGUAGUAAUUGCCAUAGUAAAUGUAAAAAUUGUUCAGGGCCUAAUUUUAAUAAUUGCAUUGAGUAAAUUAAAAAAAAAAUAAAAAAAAAUAUAUAUAUAUAAUAGAUGUUUUGA